AUGGAUCGUCCCGCCCCGGAAGAUAUAGAAGACCCGUUCGCACCUGAAGACAUGGAAGACGAGAUUUUUUUUUGUCGACAUAAUGCUUACACCUGCAUUGUAUUUCAAGGUCCCGAGGGCCCAUUGACUGAGUUUGAGCAACGUGUAAUAGGAUCUUUGGACGGGGUAUUCGCACAAGUCAUGGAAGGAAUGAAUGAUGCUUUGUUACGGAUGAAUAACGUUUUCCGAAGUCUCCAUCGGAUUGAAGAGAGGUUCGAAGAAUUUGCCCGGGUCCGCCGCAAAGAAGAAGAGCAGUUUGUCACGGCCCUGAUCAACAAUUGGAUUGAGAGAUUUACCAGAAAUCUUGAAGAACGCUUCGGCCUCAAUGAUCACACUGACCUCGAUGAUCAGAUUCUGCCUGAUGCCCGUCCCGUUGUCGCACCUGAUGCCCGUCCCGUUGUUGCACCUGAUGCCCGUCCCGUUGUUGCACCUGAUGCCCAUCCCGUUGCCGCACCUGAUGCCCAUCCCGUUGCCGCAGUUCCAGUAAACCGCUCUGCCGAUAAUCCCUGCCUCUCUCACAAUGAGCACUGUGACCGCGAACGCCGAAGAAUGGAGAGCCGUGUCUUGGGAAUUCUCCGCCUCAGUGUCGACGCCAAAAGACAGCAUACCCACGAUGUGAUGCAAGAGCUUGGCUUUGAUCUCCGAACUCACGACUGCGACGACUUCCGAGGACAGCGCUCGCCAGAUGAAGCUGGGCCCGAAGCUGGCCCUUCCGGCUCAACCCAUCACUGA